AUGUACCUGAUCACUGUAUUUGAGAACUUGCUCAUCAUCUUGGCUAUCAGCUCAGACUCACACCUGCACACACCCAUGUACAUCUUCCUUUCCGUCCUGUCCUUUGUGGACAUCUGCAUCACCUCCACCACCAUUCCCAAAAUGCUGUUGAAUAUCCAUACCCAGAACAAAGUUGUAACAUAUGCAGGCUGCAUGACUCAAAUGUAUUUUUUCCUGCUCUUUGCAGGAUUGGACAACUACAUCCUCACUGUGAUGGCCUAUGACCAUUUUUUGGCCAUCUGUCACCCUCUUCACUACACAGUCAACAUGAACCAACGACAGUGUGACCUGCUGGUCCUGGUGUCCUGGCUCUCUGUUGUCUCCUUAUUUUAUUGUACAAGCCAAGGUGUGUAUGUUAGAUCUGCUGCUACCCAGAGCUCACACUCAAGUGCAACAGCCACAGUGAUGCACACUGUGGUCACACCCAUGCUGAACCCCUUCAUCUAUACUCUGAGAAACAAGGACAUAAGCAGGUCCCUGAAAAGAUUCUUUGACAAUCAAACUAUAAAUGGGCCAAUGGUUCUGGGACUGAAGAAAUACAUCUGA